ACAACCGUGGUCCGUGUUUUCGUUUGAUAGCAGAAUUUUUAACCGUGCGACUCAGGUCAUUUUCCUUUUACAGUCGCUUGCAGACGGGACGGCAAAUCGGACCAUGUGUUAAUCUGCACCUAAAACAACUGGAGUGCUGUGUGUGUAUGUGUGUGUGCGCGCGCGCCCGUGUGUGUCUCUCUGUCUGUGUGCGUGUGUGUCUUUUCGUGUGCAUUUCAAAGUUUUCCCUCCUGCCAUUUUCACCCAGCUCUGUGAGGUCUAACUCGGAGGUCUACUUACAACGGUACUUACAUCUUGCUGUUUUCGCGGGCGGUAGAAAAGGUCUUGCAGGUCUGUACGGUUGGUACAUCGUGUGCAUGUGUGUGUAAGUGUUUGCUUUAUUAUCCACCGAGCUGUGAAACACGGUGUGCUAACGUGUCAACAACAAUUGCCAAAACCGCGCCGCUUUUAAAGGUAAAUUGUUGUACCAUUUCUCGUGAAUGGUUUAAAGUGCUGUUCGCCACCACCACCAAAUAGCAAUCCAAGAGCUCCGUGGUUUUUUUUUAUAAUUCACGCCCGGUACAUUGCGCUUUUCCUCUCCCUGGGUCUUUAUUGGGCGCUGUGUGCGUGCGUGCGCCUGUGUAUCCAAGUAAGCGUGAAAGAGUGAAACGGAAGAUUUGUUGUGUUUACCGUUGAGGGUAGGCGCAGCGAAGAAAAGGAAACAAAAAAAAAGUCUCAAUCGAAACCCAUCAAAGGGUUGCUGCUGCUGCUGGGAGCCGUGAACCAAGCAAAACCGGUUCCGAGCAGGGCGGAAGUGAAGCAAAAUAGAAUCAUUCCCUUCGUUUGUUGUUGCCUGCUAGGGAAGCGAAAGUGUUUCGAGUUGCAACGGUGGUGCGUGUGAGCGCAAGAGCGAGAGAGAAAGAAAAAGGAGCGGAAGUGGAUAAUACGCCUUAAGCAGGAACAACCAGCGAGAGUUUUACUUGUAGAACGAAAAGAAAACACCCCAAAAGAACGUGAACGAGAGCGUGCGCAAGCAUCCAGCAGCAUUCGGUGUCAACAAAAGCGACUACUAAAAGAGCUCCAAAAGCAAUGGUGCAAAAGUAUGAAUCUCCCGUCCGGAUCUACAAGUAUCCCUUCGAGCUGGUCGUGGCGGCCUACGAGCGUCGCUUCCCGACCUGCCCGCAGAUGCCGAUCGUGCUCGACUGCGAGAUCAUCGAGGACAACGUGUUCGACAACGGAGCCCGGCGUGACACGAAGCGCCGCUGCAAGAUCGCGGUCGAGGCGCCGUACCUGAUCAAGAAGAUCAUCGGCGUCGAUGUGGUGUACUUCAUCCAGCAGAACUUCCUCGACAUGAAGACGCGCACGCUGAACAUCGAGGCGACGAACGAGUCGUUCGCGACGCGUGUGGAAAUCUUCGAAAAGUGCCGGUACUACGCCCACCCGGAGAAUCCCGACUGGACGUGCUUCGACCAGACGGCAACGCUGGACAUUAAGAACUUUUUCGGCAUCGAGCAUUCGAUGGAGAAGAUGGGCAUGAAGCAGUACACGCAGACCACGCUGAAGGGCAAGGAGAUUAUUGAGUUUUUCGUGAACGAGCUGAAACAGGAGGGCAUCACGCACGUGGAUAGAUGGGUUGAUGAUGCGACCGUCACGUCCACCACAGCUGGUACAGCAACCAACACAACGCCACCGGAAAAGCCACCGCUCUGCCGGGACAACUCCAUCCUGGACGCCGAUUACAUCGCCAAGUAUCUCGGCCAGCUAACACCGCUGCAGGAGUCGAAGCUGGUGCAGCUGCGCAAACGGUUCGAGCACGGCACGUCCGAGCACCCGGAACCGGACUACCAGACGCUGUUGCGGUUUUUGCGCGCGCGCGAUUUCAGCAUCGAUAAGGCGACGGGCAUGCUGCAGGAGUCGCUCCAGUGGCGCAAGGAGCAGCGCAUCGACAGCAUACUCGGCGAGUACAAAACGCCGGCCGUGGUGGAGAAGUACUUCCCGGGCGGCUGGCACCACCACGAUAAGGACGGGCGACCUUUGUACAUACUGCGGCUCGGCACGAUGGACGUCAAAGGAUUGCUCAAGUCGGUCGGCGAGGACGAGCUGCUCAAGCUGACGCUGCACAUUUGCGAGGAAGGCUUGCGGCUGAUGAAGGAAGCGACCAAGCUGUUCGGCAAACCGGUCUGGAACUGGUGCCUGCUGGUCGAUCUGGACGGGCUGUCAAUGCGGCACCUGUGGCGGCCGGGCGUGAAGGCGCUGCUGCGCAUCAUCGAAACGGUCGAGAAAAACUACCCGGAAACGAUGGGGCGCGUGCUGAUCGUGCGUGCGCCGCGCGUUUUCCCCGUCCUGUGGACCAUCGUCAGUACGUUUAUUGAUGAAAACACACGCUCCAAGUUUCUGUUCUUCGGUGGGCCGGACUGUAUGCACGCGGAGGACGGAAUUGAGCAGUACAUCGAUACGGACAAAAUUCCCAGCUUUUUGGGCGGCUCGUGCAAUCCCAGCAUACCGACGGUGGUGGAAACGAUACCGGCUAAACUGUACACACGCUGCUUUCUGGGCGCGUGUCACUGUACACUAAUCCACGAGGGUGGUUUGGUGCCGAAGCAUCUGUACAAGUCGGAAUCGAUCGAGGAAACGAACGGCGCGAUCCAGGCGCACGAUCAUCACGGCCUGUACAAGGCGGUGGACCUGAAGCCGGGGCAACUGUUCGAGCUGCUGAUACGCAACACCGACCCGAAGAGUGUGCUCACGUGGGACUUUGAGGUGCUGAAGAACGAUACGCUGUUUGCCGUGUUUCACACCGAGAAGGAGAUCGAGCAGAGCGGGAAUGAUGACUUUUCCUCCGUGUUUGAUGGGCCAGACUUUAAGGAGGGUACCAGUUACAAGAAGAUCGAACAGAGUGUCAAAUGCCGCCCGAAGGAAGGUGUACAGGGCUCGCACGAAAUGGCAUCGACCGGCACGUACGUGCUGCAGUGGAUGUGCCCACCGUCCUGCGAUGGGCCAGCGCAGCUAAUGUACUUCCACGAGAUCCUCAGCUCGGCCAACUACAAAGGCUCGAUGACCAGUCUGCAGUCGGGCUUCUCCUCCAACAGCUUGCAGUCGCGAUGAUGAACGCUACACGAGACUGAACGGCGAGGGUUCACUGCCCUCCAAUCAGUAGUACCACAUGCCGACGGCGGCGACGGUAGCGGUGAGGGUUGCUCCAGGAGCAACCUGUAAUGUUCAAACAGAAACCAGCCAGCAUGCAUGAUGCGUGAUCGCGAUCGUGAAUCUCUUACAAACUGAACGUGAAUCUCUACUUCUACACAAAAAAUGGCAAAGCUAUAGUUGGAAAAUGGGAAGUUGAAGGCAAACUCAUACACACACAUACACAAAAGGUUGUAAUACAAUGGAAACCAAAAGCAAGGAACGUGAAUCGAAUCGUAAUUGUAAAAAGCUAAAAGUUAUAAACGUGUCUAGAGACAGAGCGAGAGCGAGAGAGAGAGAUGGAAGCAAACAAAAAUCACUUUACACGCUACCCACACACAACCCUAUAUACUAAGCGCAACAUUUUGCAAUGCAGCAAACACGAGUGAACGAAAGUGAAGCAUAAUCAAUUAGUAGGAUAAUAAUAGUAAUACAACACAACCCCCCUCCCCUCCCUCCUCAUGCCACGUAAACAAGAAGAUCUCGCCCGUUUAGAUACGGCAGCGGAAGCGUUUCGUUGUAUUCGUACGUACGUAAUCGAAGAUAUUAGACAAACAACACAACCAGCACAGCAACACAACAACAUAAAUAUGAAUCUCUCAAGAUGCUACUUCCCUGCCGUCCUUUCUCAAAGUAGGCUGAGUGUGUGCGCGCGACGUAUGUACGUGCGCGUGUGUGUGUGUCCCCAUGUGAAGCGGACAAUAAUAGUAGGAAUUUACU